ACCACAGUGGCAGAAGCAGCCAGAACGUCACACCCCUGCCAACUAACAAGAACUUCAUGUCGAUCACCUUCGCAGAACUGUCAGAGUCUGAGCAAAUCACCCGGGUAUUGUCGUUGCCAGCCGAGAACUUGUUCUGAUGGAAAACUAGUCUUAAAUUUCCAGACCCCACUAGGAAAUUGACAGAACUCUGUGGAAAUCGCAGAAGGUCCGCCGUUAGAACAAAACUCAUACAAAGAAAAAAUACCGCAUCGGAGUGAAACGUCAAAACUGUGUGUCAAAAGCCACGUCGUCCACGUCAUUUUUGAUUGUGUGUUCGGCGCUCAAAACUAAUUCGCCGAUUAGCCUUUCGAUUGAGUGCAGCUGCAAGAACCGGAGGCAUUUCUCGCAGUGAUAUUUGAGACUGUGUAUCGACGAGCAAGCAAUAGUUGCACCGGUGCACCGUGAAGAUUGCCAGACAUUGAUAAGAAGCCGCCGCUGGUUAGAGGCUUAUCUCGCGUCACAUCAUGAAUAUCUUUCGAUUGGCCGGCGAUUUAUCGCACUUGCUUGCGAUCAUAAUUCUGCUGUUGAAAAUCUGGAAGACGCGGUCAUGCGCCGGAAUCUCGGGCAAGUCGCAGGUUCUCUUCGCCAUCGUCUACCUGACGCGCUACCUGGAUCUCUUCACAACAUACAUCAGUCUUUACAACUCGAUAAUGAAGAUCGUGUUCAUCGCGGCUUCGGGCGCUACCCUGUACCUGAUGUAUGUGAAAUUCAAGGCGACUUAUGAUCACAACCACGACUCAUUCCGGAUCGAAUUCCUGCUGAUACCUUGCGUAAUUCUCGCGCUUAUCAUCAACCACGACUUCACCGUGAUGGAGAUUUUGUGGACGUUCUCAAUCUACCUCGAGUCAGUAGCAAUCCUGCCGCAACUGUUUCUCGUGAGCAAGACAGGCGAGGCGGAGUCCAUCACUAGUCACUAUCUGUUCGCGCUGGGCUCUUACCGGGCGCUGUACUUGCUCAACUGGAUCUACCGAUACAUGGCCGAGUCGCACUACGACCUAAUCGCAAUCUUCGCCGGCGUCGUACAAACCAUUUUGUACUGUGAUUUCUUUUAUUUAUACAUUACAAAAGUGCUUAAGGGUAAGAAAUUACAAUUGCCUGCAUAAGAUCUUUUCUGUUAUUUCUGUUUACCGUUUCCCAUACACACGUCACCUCUCUCCCCUACACGAUUUCGUUUCCUUCUUAUCUUAUUCGUUCGCCCCCAUCGAUAUGUGCCGAGUAUUCUAGUAAACGUGAAAGAAACUGAGAGUGAUGCAGUCGUCACCCUUUUGUGUUUUGUUAUCAUUAAAUGAAUAGAGCGCGGUGCAACCUGUCUUGUGAAUAGAGUCCACACUCGCCGAGUUGUAUUGUAUAGAACAACCGCGCGGCGACAAACUUAGUAAGAAAACGCGAGAACGCGUAACGCCACCCGCGAAAUCGUAAAUUGUGCGAAGAUGAACUUCCUCCUGUUCCAAACAUGUUGUCGAAACUACAAGCAAACGUUAAGAAUUGAUUUAUUCUGGAAAUUUCAUCUUUUAUAGACUAUGAUAAAAUAUAAUUAUGAUAAUAAUAAUAAUUACAUUUUAGUAAAAACAAGCGAUCUUUUCAUAUUAUUUCACCGCGCAGAGAACCCGUCAUUGUUGCUUGGCAUUUCGCAUUCAGUGCUAGCUUGUGUAACGGGAGUGGAAGCACCUUAGCAGUCCAUACUUUGACAGAUGUUGCACUAAUCAUUCCAAUUCAAAUUUUCGUUCGGACUCCUGAUGGUGCUAUUUAUUUUUUGGGGUCAACAGAGAGCUCUGGAAGGACGUACAUGGAAAAGCGUCCUGUGUUGGCUGCAAUAACCCACCCUGGCCACAGCGUUUAUGAUUUGUUACGUUUCAAUAGACUGGCUAACUUUUUCUAGAGGUAAGGUGCCCCAGCAGUAGGGAAAAUGAAACUGAAAGGAAAGGGAAUCUAAAAUCUUAAAAUUCUCCUUUGGUUCUGUAGGAAUUAUGUAUAAUUUCCCAGAAGACAUUCAUCUCGCACCUCCUACUGUCUUCUCUCCCCCUUUUGAAAACAAUAUGAGGUUAACUGGGUUUUUGAGCUGGAAAUACGAAUUAUAAAACGUGGCCUCGAGCGUAAAAAUUAUACGAAUUACCAAGAGGUUAUACCAUUUGUCAGUGUUUUCUCUGGGUACCGGCAAAUUUAUACGAAUUAGUCACAAAUUCGAAAUAUCGGGAUUCCACUGUAGUAGUUAUCAGCUUAUGAGGCGGGAUGUAUUCUGCACUUCUUCAUUUGCUUUAGUGAUUUUGUUUUUAUCGAAAGCUCUCCCAAAUAAUCUGGACGGAAGCGACGAUUCCUUCUUAUUUUUCAGUUAAUAAAAUCAAAUCAUUAAAGAAGCUGAUUUGUUUUAUAUUAGAGCAAAUUUAACUGGUCAAGCCGUUUUUAAGGUUUUAUAUAAAAGCAAAUCGUUAUUACUUAUUGGGUCUGUUUGUCAUAAGCAUUUUUCUCAAAACGACUACAAUUUUUGAGAUAAAGCUGUGUAAACAUAUCCGGCCUUUGGCAGUCUACACGUACAGAGACAUGAAAGGUCUCGACAAGCACUUAACGAAGCUGGUCUCAAGUUUAGCAUCAUUUUCGAUUAUUAAAAGGUGCACAUUAAAAGUAAACUCAUUCUCAGAAAGUAUUCAACCGAAAAAUUUGGAAAAGGGUCAUUAAGGCGUAACAUAAAAUCCAGAUUUCAGAGUACAUCUUUGUUCAAAUAAAGUGGAUAACAGUCUAUUACUAUAUUUUCGAAUUUCACCGGACAUUCUCCCUGAAAUUCAUCAUAGCAUUACAAAAUUUUACUAAAGCCUAUGUCACACAUGAAAUACAUACAUGGAGCGGUUUCUGCUUUCUUGUUCAUAGGUGAGAUUGAUAGAGCAUACAAAACCCAUUUUAAACACACCGGGCAUAUCCAGAUAUUCAUUAUUGCGACCCCCGAGACCCCUGGACUGGAAUCCUCUAAUCAGAACUUUUCUGAUAUUAUAGCAGAUCUUAUGAGCUACAAUCAGAUUCAAACUAAUUUUAGGAGACUACUGAGGCGUACUCCCGGUUGUAUCCCAAAAUGUUGUUACAAGUCUCAGACCUGCGAAAAUAAAACACUUCGAUCGGUCGUUAUCGGUGCAGAGAUAACUCAUUGACAUAAGUUUCCUCGAUUCAUUAGCAUCCUAUCCCACUCGACUCCGGACAUUGUAACGCUAAUUAUCAUUUUUCAGUGAGGGAGUGUUUACCUCACUUCAAACUUAUUAAGUUGAGUCGAUGAUGCCUUGGCGACUCUAUUUUUCUCUUGUCCAGUUCCGUUUUUUCUUUUGAAUAGUCGCAUUGUAUAAAAUACACUCACGAAUCUUAAUUUCAUCUGGCAAUUCCCGUCAACAAUGAAAAAUGUUCUUAUAAACUAAAAGCGAAAACAUAGAACACACUUUAUCAAAACUUUUAAAAAAUAUUGCUCACAUAUUGAAAUAGAAUGCAAAAUGAUAUUAAUAAAGCAAACUCACAAGUGUGCCAAUACAAUUCCUACAGCUUCGUAAUCAUGAAAAAAAUAUUGCAGUACAAAAGCAAUCAUUAUCACUUUUUUUCUAUUUCAUAAAAUAGUUUUUUUAAUUAGGAAGAUAUUGAAUUGUUGUCAAUCAAUACAGUAAUUAUGGAAUAUUUGAAUCCUGCCUUAGAGAGUUAGCUCUGAUACAGGCCGUCGCAACAGGUGGUUUCCGUUCCUAUCCUCAUUUUCCUAUUUUCCACUGCUUUUGCGAAAAGUGUUUCUCUAGAAUCUAUAAUUAUAAUAUGAUUAGUUCAUACAAUAAUUCCUGUUCGGUUUUAUGCAUUUGGAUUUGACGACAGUGUCCGCCUGAACAUAUUCCUAAGACACCGUACCCUCGAUGCUGAAUGAAAUAUGAAGAAGACUCAAUCUCAAUCAAUACUUCCUCAAAGUAAGAUUUUGUUUAUCAUUCCAGCAAUGUGAAUGGAUGAGGAUUCUUUGGGUGAGAUUAGGUUUUGGUGCGGGAGCUAGUUUUGACAGCUUAUCUAUGUGCAGGCUCGGCCUUACAAAUCUUCUCGUAAAUUCGUCCUUUGUGGCCGCUAUCCCCUUCAACGUUACCUCAUUACCUCGUCUUAAGGUUUCGAUGACUUAGGGGUAUAGCAUGUCCUGUUUUGGAUACGCUCUAUGUACCUGUGUGUCAUAGUAUCCGGUUUCACUUUUAGUAUCGCUUAAACGUGUCGCCAGGGAUGUGAAUCUACAAUUAUGCGACCCUUUUUUUUUAAUUCGUGAAGUCCCUAUUUUAUACUGGAUAUUAUGAAGGGUUUCCUGUUUAAAAUUUAUAUUCUAUUUUCGCUUCCAAUCCCCCUCGAAUCUCCAGUGUCGUCAAGAAUAUUCAUUUUUGUAGGAAAUAUUGAUUCUUCUUAAACGAUUUCCAUUCGAUUAACAUAUAGUGAACAUUUGUGGGACUGUAGACUUUCAAAACGUGAAUAUUUAAUUAUACAACUGUAGAUAAUUUGCAUAUUCGCUUUCUCACCGUUUUGCUGAUGGAUAUUACAAAUGCAACCUUAGCUUCAGUCUGUGGUGUUCUAUUGACCAAUGGUACGUUGAAAACGUUUGUAUCAAUCAAAUUGGAAGAUUCCCUAUUUUUCAAUGGCUAUAUCAACAAAUGCUUAGUCCACAGCGUAGAUAGGAAUGACCGCUUCUUCUUCUCUAGUCUUUGCUCAGUUUAGUUGCGAGUAGGGAUCGCCAUUCGAUCGUAAGCCUCUUCUUAAGUUACGUUUGUCAUCGAAUGCUCACGCAGGAUUCGAAAAUAUUACUAUGAAAUUGGGAUUUCAUCGUCCAACAUCCAGGCUCAAGAGUGUUUUAUAUAAGUGAACAUUUUUAGUUCAUUCGAAACUAGAACGGAAAUGACUAGUGCAACAAAGGAAAUAAAAACUCAAAACUAAAAAGGUUAUUUGUUUCUCAUAAAAUCAAGGGUUGCAUUGAAUGCAUCCCCAUCAACAAUUGUUUUCACUUUCAUGGGACUGUAUCCGUCAUGAGGGGCAACGUUCGGACUUAUACUAAUUCAGAAGAAAAGAUAUUAUGGAAUAGAUUCUCUUUUUAUAGAAAUAAGCUUUGAUAUGUACUUGAAUCCUUCCUAUAAAGCCAAUCUAACUAUCAAAACCUUUAUGUGUACUAACAUUUUUACAAUAUGUAUUACCCUUAAGUUCAUGGUAUAAUUCAGUCUAAUACUUCUCAUUACUUUGUAACCGUUCGAUAUUAUUUUUGCCUAAAAAUGUAUGAGCAACGUGGCUAAAGUAAGUAUUUUUAAAACAAUCACAACUAUCAAACGUAAUUUCUAUCCUUUUUGUAAGAUAGUAAAGACUUUUCUUUUUGUUUUUCAAAUAGAGUUUUUCAUAAUAAUCGAUUCAUUAAACAAUAAUUAAGUAGUAAGAGAAACAAAAUAAAAUGUUAAAAAGUAAAAUAAUCCAAACAGUACCAAAGUGGAGUGCUUUUAAGCAGGGAAAUCGACUAAAUUGUUUGUAAUCAUUUUUAGAUCCCUAAGGAUAUAAAUCAAACGAUUCGUUAAGAAAUAUGAAAGUGGAAAAGCAUAAAAGCAAAUAAUUAUAACAAAUUGUAAGGAAAUAUAUUUGUACAAAUAUU